AUAUCAGGUGUUCCUAUCAGAGUCCCCCCUUACAUCAGGAGUCCUCAUCAAAGUCCCCCUUUACAUCAACUUCCCCAUCAGAAUGUUCCCUUACAUCAGGGUCCUCAUCAGAGUGCCCCUUACAUCAGGUGUCCCCAUCAGAGUGCCCCCUUACAUCAGGCGUCCCCAUCAGAGUGCCCCCUUACAUCAGGUAUCCCCAUCAGAAUGCCCCCUUACAUUAGGUGUCUCCAUCAGAGUGCCCCCUUACAUCAGGUAUCCCCAUCAGAGUGCCCCUUACAUCAGCGUCCUUAUCAGAGUGCCCCCUUACAUCAGGUGUCCCCAUCAGAGUGCCCUCUUACAUCAGAAUGUUCCCCUUACAUCAGGGUCCUAAUCAGAGUGCCCCCUUACAUCAGGUGUCCCAUAAGAGUACCCCUUACAUCAGGUAUCCCCAUCAGAGUGCCCCCUUACAUUAGGGUCCUAAUCAGAGUGCCCCCUUACAUUAGGUGUCCCCAUCAGAGUGCCCCCUUACAUCAGGUGUCCCCAUCAGAGUGCCCCCUUACAUCAGGUAUCCCCAUCAGAGUGCCCCUUACAUCAGGUAUCCCCAUCAGAGUGCCCCUUACAUCAGGUGUUCCCCAUCAGAGUGCCCCCUUACAUCGGGUGUCCCCAUCAGAGUGCCCCCUUACAUCAGGUGUCCCCAUCAGAGUGCCCCCUUACAUCAGGUAUCCCCAUCAGAGUGCCUCCUUACAUUAGGCGUCCCCAUCAGAGUGCCCCCUUAUAUCAGGUAUCCCCAUCAGAGUGCCCCCUUACAUCAGGUGUCCCCAUCAGAGUGCCCCCUUAUAUCAGGUAUCCCCAUCAGAGUGCCCCCUUACAUUAAG